UCUAAUUGUUGCUGCAUUUAUUUAGGUUCCCAUGGGAACCUAGAGAGGGACUCUCCCUACUUUCCCCACCUCUUUGGGCUUCCGUGAGGAAAAUGGACCAUGAAGGAGUCUUCAAGAGCUGUUUCAAAAUUCGCUGUUCAUCAGGCGGUUGAGGACAACAAACACUGGCUGGGACUUGCUCAAUGCCAGAUGCUGUGCCGGUGGAAAAGGAGGUACUUUAUGACCCAGGCUGCCUUCUGGAUCAGAAAGAUACUGGAAGCUGUAAAACACACAAAGCCAGGCUUUGUUAUCACCCGAGUGUGCAGAAGGACACCCUGAGCGUGGCCACCUCAUGCUCCUGUCACCUGCUCCUCCCUUUUCUCCACUCCGCUUUCCCGGGUCCAUCCCUGGAUAGAGGAUGGAAGAAGCCAGAGUAAAACCUGGCUGCCUGGGGCUCGCUGCCCAUACACGGAGGACCCUGUGGGCACUGAAAUCCAACUCACCCAUGCCUAUUUCCUGUAAUGGACGAACUUGAUGCGAAUGUGAGUUCCAAGGAGGGUUUCGGGGCAGUGGAGAAGGUCGUGCUGCUCACGUUUCUCUCGGCAGUUAUCCUGAUGGCCAUCUUGGGGAACCUGCUGGUGAUGGUGGCUGUGUGCAGGGACAGGCAGCUGAGGAAAAUAAAAACCAAUUAUUUCAUUGUAUCUCUUGCCUUUGCGGAUCUGCUGGUUUCGGCGCUGGUGAUGCCCUUUGGUGCCAUCGAGCUGGUUCAAGACAUUUGGAUUUACGGGGAGAUGUUUUGCCUCGUCCGGACAUCUCUAGACGUCCUGCUCACAACGGCAUCGAUUUUUCACCUGUGCUGCAUUUCUCUGGAUAGGUAUUACGCCAUCUGCUGCCAGCCUUUGGUCUAUAGGAACAAGAUGACCCCUCUGCGCAUCGCAUUAAUGCUGGGAGGCUGCUGGGUCAUCCCCACGUUUAUCUCUUUUCUCCCUAUAAUGCAAGGCUGGAAUAACAUUGGCAUAAUUGAUUUGGAAAGGAUAUCCAAACCAAGGCUGGGCCAGGAUUGGCAUGUGAUAGAAAAAAGGAAGUUCAACCAGAACUCUAACUCUACGUACUGUAUCUUCAUGGUCAACAAGCCGUACGCCAUCACCUGCUCUGUGGUGGCCUUCUACAUCCCGUUUCUCCUCAUGGUGCUGGCCUAUUAUCGCAUCUAUGUCACAGCUAAGGAGCAUGCCCACCAGAUCCAGAUGUUACAACGGGCAGGAGCCCCCUCGGAGGGCAGGCCCCUGCCGGCAGACCAGCAUAGCACUCAUCGCAUGAGGACAGAGACCAAAGCAGCCAAGACCCUGUGCAUCAUCAUGGGUUGCUUCUGCCUCUGCUGGGCUCCAUUUUUUGUCACCAACAUUGUGGAUCCGUUCAUAGACUACACUGUCCCCGGACAGGUGUGGACCGCUUUCCUCUGGCUUGGCUACAUCAAUUCUGGGUUGAACCCCUUUCUCUACGCCUUCUUGAAUAAGUCUUUUAGACGUGCCUUCCUCAUCAUCCUGUGCUGUGAUGAUGAACGCUACCGGAGACCUUCCAUUCUGGGCCAGACUGUCCCCUGUUCAACCACAACCAUUAAUGGAUCCACACAUGUACUAAGGGAUGCAGUGGAGUGUGGUGGCCAAUGGGAGAGUCAGUGCCACCCCCCAGCAACUUCUCCUUUGGUGGCAGCUCAGCCGAGUGACACUUAGGCCCCUGGGGCAGUGACUCAGAAGACAGCCAUCCCUCCAAGAGAGGGCUAGGUCCUAAGCUGCUGCUUGUGCGUGACUGCACCUGAUAUCCUCUUCACCCGAGCAUUCCGUCCAUCGGUGCAAGCGUCCCGUGCCCACCAGGCUUUUGCUCUGGGAUUCCAGCAGGUGGCAUUCGAGGGAGUCAGGGGAGAGGACUGCCUGCUUGUUCACUGGGAGAUCCCCUCCAGAGAUCCCCUUGAAGUGAUCAUUUCCCAGAACUUCCUCUUCCUCACAUCUCACCCUUGCCUCACACUCUCUAUUGUCCCCAAUGUUCCCUUACUGUGCCUGGUUUGUCUCACGCAUGUUCCUAAAACAAUCACUCACUGUGUCCUAUCUCAGUCAUAGAUGUUUCCAAAUAUGCCUUCUUUGCUGUGUCUACGCACAGACAUUAUCAAAACACAUCCUGCCUUUACCUGUCCUGGUCAGAGUCAUGUUCCAAAAGCACAUUCCUUGCUUGUUCACGUCCGUCACAACGAUCUUCAAACUAGUCACUGUCUUGUCUCUGUCCUGUUCUGUGCCAGACACUAAUACACUUCCCUCCCGGUGUCUGGGUCCAAAUGUGCUUCCUCCUGGCCAACCCCUGUGUCAGUCACAGGCUUGCACCAGCUCUUCCUUAUGUCCACUGUCAGUCCUUCUCUUCAGGACAUGCUCCAUUUGUUCACCAUGGAAGAAACAGGAGCAAAGAUCUUUCAGAGGAAAACGGUCUCCACAGCAACCUUGGAGGGAAGCCGAAG